UUUCGUUCUAGGACGACAACAUGGAUAUUGAAAACGUACUCGUAGUAGCCGAGCAAGCUAAGGAUUACGAUGGUUUGGAUAAGACCGAAGAUUCUGAAAAACAAUUGGAUCCGGUUGCGGUCAAAGAAGCUGAAAAAGUUCCGACUGUUGCGAAGGAAGCUGUAAACGAAGAGCAGCAGGAUUUAACGGAGGAAAACAGUAAAAAGAAUUCCGAGACCGAUGAAUAUGCGUAUCUUGAAGCAACAGGAUUUACUUCGGAAUUGUUCAAGAUCGAAGUUCGUGGCCUGCCUAAAUACUAUGGCAUAAGCGAAUUGAAAAAGCUGCUGAACGUGAAGAUGAAAUUGUCAACAAAUAAGAUAAAAAUUAUGAAACCAGGCAGCCCUUUUAUUUUCAUAUGCUUCCGUUGCCAAGAAGAUCGAGAAGCUGCAAUAAAGGCGUUGGAUGGUUUCAAAUGGAAAGGAAAGACGCUAUCAGCUUUUGAGGCAAAGCCAGCUCCUGAUCCUCUAGUUCGACGGCGCAAAGAAGCGUCUGCAGCUGAGGGAGAACCAUUGAAUACGAAACGUCGUUCCGUAGAAGCAUGUGCUACGGCUCUUGCUUACCUCUCCUACGAAGAGCAACUACUGCAGAAGCAAUCGGAAAUGGAGAAUGUUUUGCAAAAAUUCGGCAAAGAGCUUUGGUCAUCCGUUCCUUCCUUGCGCUCUUAUAUUGAAAAGCAACGAGAGCAUAACAAUGGAUUGCCGUGUGCUCUGGAACCACUUCGACCAUCUCCUGUCCAGAAUGGAUACCGCAACAAAUGUGAAUUUUCCAUUGGAAAAGAUGCAAGUGGUGUAAAACGCGUUGGUUUCCGUGUGGGCAGUUACUCCAACGGAUUUUUGGAAGUUGAACCGAUAAAGGAGCUGAAGCACAUUCCAGACUGUAUGAAGCAAACUGUGAGCCUGUUUGAAGAAUAUGUGCAAGCUUCCAAGCUUGAGGUAUAUAGUUCCGAGACAUAUCAAGGCUAUUUCAGGCAGCUCACGGUUCGAAUGUCGCAUGCCACUGGGCAGGUAAUGGUGGUUGUAGGUGUCCAUUUGCAGGAGCUCCCGUUGGAAGAGCAAAAAAGCCUUAAGAAUUCAAUAGUCAAAUGUCUUACCUCAGAGGUAGGCAAGAAUGCUGGCAUUUGCUCAGUUUACUUUGAAGUUAUUCAAAAACGCCAACAAGGCCAAUUCACGAAUCCGAUCGAGCAUCUGUACGGAGAGACGCAUAUCGAGGAUACAAUUUUAGGUUUGAAAUUCCGCAUAAGUCCGCAAGCUUUCUUUCAAAUCAAUACACCAGCAGCCGAAGUGUUAUAUCAAUGCGCUAUUGAUCUAGCAUCACCAGAUAAGAAUACAAGUAUCUUGGACAUAUGCUGCGGCACUGGAACUAUUGGAUUAUGUUUUGCCAAACAUUGUAAGCAGGUAUUAGGAGUUGAUAUCGUUGCCCAGGCUAUCGAAGAUGCCAAACACAACGCAGAACGGAAUGAAAUUGAAAAUUGUAAAUUUUUCGAUGGAAAUGCGGAUGAUUUGAUAAUGUCUCUAAUUCGGUAUGCAAAUAUUGUACCAGCUCAACAUGAAUCGUUACUAGCGAUUCUUGAUCCUCCAAGGGCAGGACUUCAUGUACGAUCGAUAACCCAGCUUCGAAAUGCCCGUGGAUUGAACAAGUUAGUGUAUGUAUCGUGCUCUCCGCAAAGCGCUAUUAAAAACUGGGUUGAUUUGAUGCGUCCCUGCUCAAAGCAGUUGCGUGGGGAACCAUUUAUCGCCAAACGUGCGAUCGCGGUCGAUCUGUUCCCACACACACCACACACGGAAUUGGUUAUUUUGUUCGAACGUGAGCCGGAAAACGGAACUGUAGAAGAAACGAUUAUCCCAACUUCCGAAUCUACCGAUGGGAUAUGAUGUGCUAUGAAAAUGUCACCUGUUACCGAAAGUAAUAGCGAAAUAAAAAAAAAUCUUUAGUUUCCGUUGUUGGAUACUGUGGAUGAUUUGUGCUGACGUA